CCCCAGCCGCAGGGUUGGGCGCUGCGAGGGCGCGUCCCCGAGCCUGGGGCUCCCCUGGGGCUGCGCUUGUCGCGGGUGGCGGAAACCUGGCGAGAUGGGACUCCCCGGGGCUGUUACGGUGCAUUGGCUUUGGGAUGCCGCUAGCCUCCUGGGGGUCCAACAUAUGUACAACCCGAGGCGUGAGCUCCUGCCAGCAGUGUCUGGCUGUGAGUCCUGUGUGUGCCUGGUGCUCAGAUGAGGCCCUGCCCCUGGGCUCAGCCCGCUGUAACCUGAAGGAGAAUCUGCUGAAGGAUAACUGUGCCCCAGAGUCCAUCGAGUUCCCAGUCAGUGAGGCCCAGGUCCUGGAGGCCAGACCACUCAGCAAUAAGGGCUCCGGAGACAGUUCCCAGGUUACUCAAGUCAGUCCCCAGAGGAUUGCCCUUCGACUACGGCCAGAUGAUUCAAAGAUUUUCUCAGUACAAGUGCGGCAGGUGGAGGAUUACCCUGUGGACAUCUAUUACUUGAUGGAUCUGUCUUACUCCAUGAAGGAUGAUCUGUCAAGCAUCCAGAACCUGGGUACCAAAUUGGCCUCCCAGAUGUGUAAGCUUACCAGUAACCUGCGGAUUGGCUUUGGGGCCUUUGUGGACAAACCUGUAUCACCAUAUAUGUACAUCUCCCCACCAGAGGCCCUUGAAAACCCCUGUUAUAAUAUGAAGAAUGCCUGUUUGCCCAUGUUUGGCUACAAACAUGUGCUGACGCUGACUGACCAGGUGACCCGUUUCAAUGAGGAAGUAAAGAAGCAGAGUGUGUCACGGAACCGAGAUGCCCCAGAGGGCGGCUUUGAUGCCAUCAUGCAGGCUACAGUCUGUGAUGAAAAAAUUGGCUGGAGGAAUGACGCCUCCCAUUUGUUAGUGUUUACCACUGAUGCCAAGACCCAUAUAGCGCUGGAUGGAAGGCUGGCAGGCAUUGUCCAGCCAAAUGAUGGACAGUGUCAUGUUGGUAGUGACAACCAUUAUGCUGCCUCCACUACGAUGGAUUAUCCCUCUCUAGGACUGAUGACAGAGAAACUAUCUCAGAAAAACAUCAAUUUGAUCUUUGCAGUGACUGAGAAUGUAGUCAAUCUCUACCAGAAUUAUAGUGAACUCAUCCCAGGGACCACAGUGGGAGUCCUGUCUGCUGAUUCCAGUAAUGUUCUCCAGCUCAUUGUUGAUGCUUAUGGGAAAAUCCGCUCUAAAGUGGAACUGGAAGUCCGUGACCUCCCGGAGGAGUUGUCCUUAUCCUUCAAUGCCACCUGCCUCAACAAUGAGGUCAUUCCAGGCCUCAAGUCUUGUGUGGGAUUGAAGAUUGGAGAUACGGUGAGCUUCAGUAUUGAGGCCAAGGUGCGUGGCUGCCCUCAGGAAAAGGAGAAGUCUUUCACUAUCAAGCCUGUGGGCUUCAAGGACAGCCUCACCAUCCAGGUCACAUUUGACUGCGACUGCACCUGCCAGGCCUACGCGGAGCCUCUCAGCGGGCGCUGCAAUAAUGGCAAUGGGACUUUCGAGUGUGGGGUGUGCCGCUGUGGCCCUGGCUGGCUGGGGUCCCAGUGUGAGUGCUCUGAGGAGGACUACCGCCCCUCUCAGCAGGAUGAGUGCAGCCCCAAAGAGGGCCAACCCAUCUGCAGCCAGCGGGGUGAAUGCCUCUGUGGCCAGUGCGUCUGCCACAGUAGUGACUUCGGCAAGAUCACUGGCAAAUACUGUGAGUGCGAUGACUUCUCCUGUGUCCGCUACAAAGGGGAGAUGUGCUCUGGCCAUGGCCAGUGCAGCUGUGGAGACUGCCUUUGUGACUCAGACUGGACCGGCUACUACUGCAACUGCACCACCCGUACUGACAUGUGCAUGUCCAGCAAUGGGCUGCUGUGCAGCGGCCGUGGCAAAUGUCAGUGUGGCAGCUGCAUCUGCAUCCAGCCAGGCUCCUACGGAGACACCUGUGAGAAGUGUCCCACCUGCCCAGAUGCCUGUACCUUUAAGAAGGAGUGUGUGGAGUGUAAGAAGUUUGAACGGGGACUCCUACAUGAGGAAAACAGUUGCAACCGUUACUGCCGCGAUGAUAUCGAGUCCGUGAAAGAGCUUGGGGAUACUGGCAAAGAUGCAGUGAAUUGUACAUACAAGAAUGAGGACGAUUGUGUUGUCAGAUUCCAGUACUAUGAGGAUGCCAGUGGAAGGGCCAUCCUGUAUGUGGUGGAGGAACCAGAGUGUCCCAAGGGUCCUGACAUCCUGGUGGUCCUGCUGUCUGUGAUGGGAGCCAUUCUUCUUAUUGGUCUUGCUACUCUGCUCAUCUGGAAGCUCCUGAUCACCAUCCAUGACCGGAAGGAAUUCGCUAAGUUUGAGGAAGAACGAGCCAGAGCAAAAUGGGACACAGCCAACAACCCACUGUAUAAAGAGGCCACCUCCACUUUCACCAAUAUCACCUACAGAGGCACUUAAUGACAAGAGGUCAUCCUUAGAUCAUUGCCAGAUCAUGUCAGGACUGCAGGAGUCUUUCUGCCAUCAUGUUUACAGAGGACAGUGGGUGGGAUUGGGGGUUUGGAGUGGGGUAGGCUAGAAGAAUGAAUGUGGAAGUGUGUCUAUACGUAUGCACGUGUGUGUGGAGUGUGGGGAAAUGUGUAAUUUAAAGUUUGUGAUGCGUCCCGUGUAGGCAGAGCUCCUCAGCCUUUGUUCUCAGAAUGCGUACUGCAGGGAUUCUUCUUGCUUAGCUUGAGGGGACCCAUGGAGCUGAGCAGGUAGGUGUACUGUUAACCUCAGUGAGAAGCCAGCUUUCCUGUCAGGCUAGUCUCCCUGAAGAGAAGUUCAGGGCUGAGGCAUCUCAUUCCAGAGCAAGAGAUGCCACGUCUUGGCUCUACACUGAGUAUAUAAGUUUCCGGUUCUUGGGCCUGACUGUCAACAGCCGUGGUAGGAAGUACUGGGCUUUGCAGCCUAGUUGUGUCACCUGUGCCUCUGUUCCCUUCCCUCCCUCAGGCCGAAGGUAGAGUUAGGAGAGAGCUGCUGUUGUCUUUUGCCAUCACCUCAUUUCAUUGUGGUUCUCUCUUAAGGAGAGUCCUUGCCACCUGCUUCUUUGUUGAGAAUGAGGAUGAUAGGGCCACUCAGGGGUCAUGCAUGGCCUGGGGGCUGUACCAGCACCCCUCAGUUCAUAAUCACAGCCCUUCAGAAUAGCCUCAAUGGCAGCUCUACCCCACAGAUUUGUAUAGAAGUGUCAUCCGUAGAGCCACAUCAUCUCUUACCUCCUCCAUUCACACCUUCAUUGUUACAGAUGUUUGCUAUGCACUGGGGAUAUCGCUCAUGACCAAAUGCUUUUCCUCCAAGGGAAAGUGCUGUGGUCAGACUAGAGUCUAGCCCUGCUCUUCAGGACUUCUGCCCCUCUUCCCAGGCACCUCCACACACCUAACCCCCUGUCUCUAUGUGCUACACUCAUCCAUGGGGGUGAUUGUAUUUACCUACCUCUUGGGUGUCUUGUGAAGGAGUCAUUCCCAUGAGUCUGCUGAGCGAAGUGCAAGGAUGGAAUGAUGGGCCACUUGGAUCUGCAUGUGUGGCCCGCUCUCUGGUGGGCUGGAUGACCUCAUUUUAUCUGGGCAGCCACAUGUGCAAUUUUAUUUUAUUCUCAUUGGGAUGCCUGAAAUUAUGAUGAGGUUUGCUUAAU